AUGAAUGACUACUAUGAGGAAGAUGACGUUCACCCUGGAAUAGAAUUUGUUAAAGUAGAACCACAUGAUUUAGAGCACGAUGUUAGUAGCGAUGUGGAAAUUAAAGACCCAAAAACGAUACAACGGUUAAUUAAGUUUGCGCCAAAAGCUCGUACACAUCACAAUCACAUAAAAAAACGAAUCAUACGCGUACAAUAUUAUAAUAAAAACAAUCAUGGUUUGACUACAAGAAAGUUCAGGCCAACAAUUCCUGCGUACAAUGAUGAUACAAUAAAACGGUCUAAGAAAAUGACUAUUCCAAUGACCCAAGAGCAAGCUAUUGCUUUAAUAAAAAAAAUAAAAAGGGAAUCUUGCAUCUGGGACAGCACAAGUGAGGAUUACAGAAAUAAAAUAACUAAAGACAAAGCCUGGAAUCGAGUAGCCGCUCAUAUUGGGAUCCCAGUAGAAAUUGUACGAGCCAAAUGGACUUCAAUUCUUGGGUCUUUUCGAUCAUACACUUCAAGAAUUAAAAAAGGCCUAUUUUCGGAGAAAAAACCUAGUUGGUUUGCCUACGAUCUGUUAAGCUUUUUGAGCAAUGAAAUAGAGGAGUCUGCACAAACGGAUAAUAUAGAGGUACGAAUUAUUCAUUUGUAUAUACCAAAUCUAUUUAUACAAUCACAAAGUGCAGAAGAACAAAUCAUGCCACAAUUGCCGCAAGAUACAGUGGAAUACCUGGAAGAAGUCUUGUUCCCGGAAAUUGCCCCUACUAUUGGCCAAACAAUAGCGGAAAACAGCGUUCCAAAGGAAGGUUCUGAACCUUCAUGCAGCGAAGAAAUACUAAAAAUUGUGCGCUCCAUGUCCAAGGUAUUAAACAAGAUGGCUAACAUUGGAAUGCCGAUUGACUAUGGACGAUACGUAAAUCAGCACCUGAAAGGAUACGACGAUGAGAUUCGACGGAAAACAGUGAAAGGGAUUAUGGAUUUGAUCACGGCAGCAGAUGAAGAAAUGUCGAGAAAGUAUUCCAAUCGCUCGCAAAUACCGGAUGUUAAUAUUGGAAAGUCGCCGAAACAAUAG